AUGUGAUAGACCGUAUUUAUGCUGCACUUAAGAAGAAAACAUACAAAGAAGACACUGAUUAGUUUGUCUGUGCUGAAGCUGAGAGACACACACACAGCUACAGAGAUGAGUCUAGGUGCUGGAAGUGGAGGGAGUCUCCCAAGGCUCAGAGAAGUCAUGAGAAGGCAGAAGAGAGAUUCGGAUCCCAAUCUCGAUGCCCCAAGUCUAGAUUUCGAGUAUUCCGAUUCUGAUCUGCUUGUAAAUGAAAUUUCUGAGCUUUAUUCGUACUCUGAGAACUCAGAAUUCGAGACGACCCGGUCUCUGUUCCAUUCCGGACUGGAGUCUGUGUUUGGACCUGAGACAACAGAUUGGAACAAGUUGACUGAAACACAGAAGAAGAAUUUCGUGAUGGUCAUGCUCGAUAAAUACGAGGUGGUGGGUGCGCAGGAUCGUGUGUUGGCAGUGCGGAGUCUCCUCUACCUCUCCAUGGGUAACUAUGAGCCUGGGUUGGAACAGGAAGACUUGUUCAUGGCCUCAAGGGAGAACGUUUUCUUGCUGCUGGACUUAGGUGUGUACGAGGGCACGGUUGAGCUGCUCCGGCUUGAGAUGGAAAGGGGGCGUGGCAGUUUUGACGGGUCGAGGGCUAACAUCACGGUUGCAGACAAUCUCAGUCUCAGAGUGAUCCUAAGCCUCCUGUACGUGCUCCUAGAGACGGCUCGACACGAGGACCCGACAGACCCCCCACAGUGGGAGGCUCUCCGGACAUCGUUCCUCUCUGGACUAGAAACUCUCGUCAGUUCCAACGACACGCUCACAUCACUCUUAUUCUCCAUGUUGCUCAGUUUCUGCAAUGGUAGUAUGCCGCACUACCCGGUCAAGAAAAUACUUCUCCUAUUGUGGAAGUCUUGCCUGGCUAUGCUGGGAGGCUCGAAGCAGUUGAGAAUGCUGAAGAGAGAUGCGAGGGAGAGGGUGGGCCUGGAACCAGUGUUCCCUGAGAAUAGACCAGCCAGGCCUCUUAUAGUACCCUCACCAAAUUAUGACCCCAGAGCUAAUAUGCCGUCUGAACCGCCCCGUGUGUUGGACAGGCCACUCUCACAGGUUAGCGACACUGACGGGAUGGGAGAAGUGUGCUCGGGAGGAAAAUCACUUGAGUUUCGGCCCAAGGCACACAAGAAAGAUGUGGAUAGUUACGUUGAUGCUUGUCGCACAAAGUUCGGCUGUUUUGAAUCAGAGGGGUUGGAUGAUGACCUAACAGGUCUGCCCCACCCCAUACGAGAGAGCAUCUCUGUUCUACGUAAACACGUCUAUAUUCCACUGUCUGAUGUCCAGAUUGAGCAGGAAGAGAAAAUACAGCAGCAGAGAAGAUCCCCUCUCACGAAGGACGUGCCGUUGCCUGUCAGGGAGGGACAAGCGGAGAAGCUGUAUCAGAUCCUCCUCCCAAACCUUCCUCAGUAUCUCAUUGCACUGCUCAAGGUCUUGUUGGCAGCUGCUCCAACUUCAAGGUCUCGCAAUGACUCACUGAAUAUCCUGGUGGACCUGCUCCCUCCGGACGCUCCUAGUAGUAACAGAGACAACACUCUCAUCACCGUGGAUAUCAAUAGGCACAAGGAGAUCAUUGUCAAGGCAAUAUCGGCCACUCUCCUGUUACUACUCAAACAUUUCAAGGUGAACCACAUCUACCAGUUUGAGUAUGUGAGACAGCACCUCGUGUUCGCCAACUGCAUACCACUCGUACUAAAGUUCUUCAACCAGAACGUCAACCAGUACGUGUCGUCGCGAAACAAUUUCACAACGCUCAACUACCCACGCUCCGUCCUCUACCCUCAAGAUGCGGAGGCUACCUCCGACAUUGUGGACAGCUCUACCACAGAAAUCGGAUACUGCUGGAGAAAUCUCUUCAGUUGUAUCAAUUUGAUGAGGCUGUUGCAAAAGUUGACAAAAUGGAAGCAUUUUCCCACUGUCAUGUUGGUGGUGUUUCGCUCUGCUCCUAUUCUAAAGAGAGCGCUUAAAGUACGACACCCGAUGAUGCAGCUGUAUAUUCUCAAGAUACUUAAGGCUCAGACCAAGUACCUCGGUCGUAGCUGGCGAAGGACCAACAUGAAAAUCAUUUCGGCCAUCUACAGACGUGUUCGUCAUCAUCUCCAUGACGACUGGGCCUACGGCAACGACCUCGAUGCAAAGCCUCGAGAUUUCCAACAGCAAGAGUGCAUUUUGAAAUCUUGUAUUGAGAAAUUUAACAGCACUUAUUACGACAGCCAGGCUCCUGUGUCUACUGUAGUAGGGGAAUCCCCUAAUGAAGGGGGUGGGCUGGGGGCGUCGGCUCCAGGAGUGGGCGGAGAUACGGGUGCACUGGAAGAGGAGGACAUGUUUGACAAACCUUUAAACACAAACUACUUGAGCAUUCUUGGGCAAAAGAUGGAGCUGAGUGAUAUCUGGAAGGCCAAGUAUGAGGAGUGGCUGGAAGUGGAGGUGUUUUCAAACCCUCGCGACUGGGACACCAUUAUCUCAUCACCCACUGCCUUCCUAGAGUGUAAAGCCAUGGAACUAUAAACUGUCACUAUAGUGAUUUUAAUCAGAUAUAAUAUGAUGCUACAUUCAUUUUGUAACGCUAUGCCAGUUCAAAUUCUCUGUUUAUGUUAUAGCAUGCAUUGAUUUAGCUGUGCUCUUGUAUUGAAUAUUGUAUUUAUUUCCAAUUCCACAUUUGUAUAUAUUUUCCCAUAAUUAUACCAGAGCUAGACCAUGCCACUUCAUGAUCAAUUUUCUUGGCUUGUUGUUCAGUGCUUUGCAUGUAUACGUAUUCAGUUGUAUAAUAAGGGCUAAGAGAUAUGUGUGUUGCACAAUGCAGGAUGUAUGCGUGGGUGUUAUUGUAGUAUAUCAAGAGUUCAUUCUUGACUGUAUAAUUAUAGAAGUGUGGAUCAACUCUUAGAUUUACCAGAAAGGCAGACUGUAUAAAUUAAAUAAAUAAUGCAAGCCAAUAAUAUGUUGUCCUUAACUGCAGUAGCAGCUCUGCUGUGCUCAAUAUCUGUUCAACAAAUUCAUUCCCUAGCUGACUGUUACACUACGGAAGUCUUUAGUUGCGCGGGGAAUGCGAGUGCAGUGGUCAACUCUGGGACCGAGUGUUGUGAUAGAGGGUAUUUGGCUUAUCAAACACAAGGAGCAGAGGUCUGUGUAGUAUGCUCAAUGAAUGUGAUAUGCUACGGGACCAGUACAUGCCAGGACAGUGGUUUGGGACUGGAUGCAAUGGCGUCAAUUGACUCGUGCUGUACCAACACCAUUGGUGGACUAUCGUACGUGAAUUCCGCUGGAAACUGUAUGACAUGUGAUCCAAGAACUCCGGACCCAACAACCGCUGCACCUACCACCUCCGCACCUACUACCAUGGCAACAACCACCACUGAGGAACUAGCGCCGCUACCUGGGGACAUACAAGUGAUUGGAAGUGAGCUGGGAGGUGCGGCUAAUGUCGGAGCCAUAGUGGGUGGAGUUAUAGGAGGACUGGUAGCUGUGGCGGCCAUCACCACGGUGACUGUAGUAGCCAUUAUUGUACUUGUAAUACGAGCAAGACCGGGUCCAUAAUUAUAUAAUUUUUUCAAUGUUGCGUUUGUUCAUAAUAAUCAAAUAUCAGUCGAAAGUGUAAUCCAACUUUGAAACAGAAAUGACAAAAUUAUUUUAAGAGAAA